AUCAAUGUUAUGAAUGCUGUUACACGGGUCCGGCUGAUGAAAUCUCUCUGUCAUUGGUAAAUAGUUGUAUAUAUACUGACAGAAAGUAAUCAUUGAAGACAAUUCUCCAAAGAUGAAAGUAUAUACGGACGUUGGGAAUUUCCAGACAGUCAAGUUACUGGCUGCAGCAGCAACAGCCGGCGUGGAUGUCGAAGUGGUGGUGACAAAUAAUGAGAAGGUGGUUCCUUAUCUCACCUGUAACAAACUUCCAGUACUGGAGCCUGAGCCUGGGGUGUUCAUUUUCUCACCAAAUGCAGCAACCAGAUAUCUGCUCAGCUUGGGCAAUAAGAUCGUUGAUGAGGCUGGAGAGAAAAAAUGGGCGGAAUGGGAGAGCUCGGAGCUGUUGCCCGUUGUGGUGCCCCUCCUGGUGAGUGCUCUCGGCCAGGGCAAGCAGGACAAGGCCCUGGAGAAGACUCUCCAGCCGCUACUCAAGCAUCUGGAGGCCAAACUCAAAGGGAAGAAGUUCUUGGUUGGGUCUGGAGUGUCUUCAGCUGACAUUAUUGUAUUUGGUACACUGUUUCCUGUCCUGCUGGGUAAUCUUGCAAAAGACAGCAUGAAGGAGUGUCCGUCCAUCCAGGCGUGGGGGCAGACCGUGGCUGGUCUCACACAGGUUGAGGGGGCGUUCAAGCAUGUCACAGAAGGGGGGAAUGUACAGUCUCUGAAGGCGUCGCUACUUGCCCAGCCAGUGCCCCCUGCGACCAACAUCAACACAGCCAAGUUGUAUAAAGGGCCACAGGGUAAACCAGUGGAAAGGGUUCCACAACAGGCUGCCAAACCUACUGCCCCUGUAGAUGAGUUUCAGUUCCUGCAACCAGAAAAAGCCAUCACAGCAGAGGAACUUGCAGCAGGAGAAAAGUCAUUUUUGACAGGCGCCCAAACAAGUCCUAAACCCAGACUCCGCAAACACCCCAUAUUACCCUGUGAAGGGGAGAGGAAUAUCUUCAUCACCAGUGCCUUGCCCUACGUUAAUAACGUCCCUCACCUUGGCAAUAUCAUCGGCUGUGUGCUCAGUGGCGACGUCUUCUCUAGGUUUUGUCGACUGCGGAACCGCAAUGUCCUGUAUGUGUGCGGUACUGAUGAGUACGGCACAGCCACAGAAACGAAGGCCAUGGAAGAAGGCCUCACCCCACAACAGAUCUGUGAUAAAUACAACAAACUACACUCAGAGAUCUACCAGUGGCUCAACAUUGACUUUGACUACUUUGGGAGGACAACAACAAAAGAACAAACUGAAAUUGCUCAGGAUAUAUUCUGGAAGUUGUACAAUCAAGGCUUCAUCCUCAAGGACAGUGUGGACCAGCUUCAGUGUCAGAAGUGUGUCAGGUUCCUAGCAGAUCGGUUUGUGGAGGGGACAUGUCCACUGUGUGGGUUUGAUGAUGCGAGAGGGGACCAGUGUGAUGGUUGUGGAAAACUCAUCAAUGCCGUGGAGUUGAAGAAACCCAAGUGUAAGAUCUGUGGUAGUACCCCUGUCAUCAAGACAUCCCAACAUCUCUUCCUGGAUCUGCCCAAGGUUGAACCUCAGCUGCGUAAGCAUCUAGACACAGUGUUUGAGACUGGAACAUGGACACACAACGCACAAGUAAUCACGUCAUCGUGGAUCAGGGAUGGCUUGAAGCCUCGGUGCAUCAGUCGGGAUCUCAAGUGGGGAACUCCUGUUCCUCUGGAAGGGUACACUGACAAGGUGUUCUACGUGUGGUUUGACGCUCCCAUUGGUUACAUCUCCAUCACAGCCAACUACACCAAGGAGUGGAAGAAGUGGUGGAAGAACCCAGAGAAGGUUCAGAUGUACAACUUCCUUGGCAAAGACAACGUUCCCUUCCACAGCGUCAUCUUCCCCAGCACGCUGAUCGGAGCCAACGACAACUACACAUUAGUCAACAGCAUGGUGGCAACAGAGUACCUCAACUAUGAGGAUGGCAAGUUCUCCAAGAGCCGCGGUGUUGGUGUGUUCGGGGACCAGGCUCGAGACACUGGCAUCCCACCAGAUGUGUACCGAUUCUACCUCCUCUACGUCAGACCAGAGUCACAGGAUUCUGCUUUCAGUUGGGAUGACUUCCUCUUGAAAAAUAACAGUGAACUCCUCAACAACAUUGGCAACUUCAUCAACAGGGCUCUGAUGUUUGUGGCUAAUUUCUUCGAGGGGACAAUUCAGGACAUGAAUCUCUCUGUAGAAGACAAGCAGUUGAUCGCUCUCAUCAACAGGGAGCUGGCCACAUACGUUGACAACAUGGAGAGUUCCAGGUUACGAGACUCUAUUCGCAAUAUUCUGAGUAUCUCACGCCUAGGGAACCAGUACAUGCAAGCCAAUAAACCAUGGGUGCUGGCCAAGGGGACUCCACAGGAAAGGGCCAGGUCUGGAUGUGUUGUGAGUCUGUCUGCCAACAUCACAUGUCUGCUGUCCGUGUUGCUCCAACCCUACAUGCCCGUCACUAGUGGGGUCAUACAGGAGCAGCUCAAUGCCCCUGCAGACUGCAACAUCAUCGUCAGCAACUUCACAUGUCAGCUGAAAUCUGGACACAAGAUUGGCAAGCCCAGCCCACUGUUCCAGAAGAUUGAAGCUGCUAAGAUUGAGGAGCUGAAGCAGAGAUUUGCAGCAAAGGAGAAGCCUGCUUCGAUUGCCAGCCCGGAGGAGAUUGAGAGACUGACGCAGGAGGUGACGAAACAGGGUGAGGCAGUGAGAGAGCUAAAGGCCCAGAAGGCUGAGAAGGCCCUGAUAAGUGCUGCUGUAGAGAAACUCCUGGACCUGAAGAAGCAGCUGGCAAAUGCUCAGGGCGCAGCACCUGCAUCAGCUGGCAAGAAGAAGGGCAAGCAGGGUAAGGGUGAUGCCAAGUCAGCCCCAGCAGCCACACCCACACCAGCCACGCCCACUGGUGACCAGGCACAGAUUGACAGACUAACUGAAGAGGUCGCUGCACAGGGUAACAUUGUACGAGAUCUGAAGACACAGAAAGGAGACAAAGCAGCCAUUGAUGCUGCUGUUGCCAAGCUCCUGGAUCUCAAGAGCCAACUUGCAGUAGCUCAGGGUGUGGACCCAGACCAGGCAGUCGGAGGUGGGAAAAAGAAGGGCAAAAAGAAAUAAAGUGUUUGCCAUUGACGUGUGUCUGUGUUGGUCCACAAGGUGCAAUGAUACAGUGAGAUGCACAUAUUCCAAACAUAGGUAUACCUAUACAUUAAGGAUCAGGAGUAAGCAAACCAAACUGGAAUAGUUGGGAUUUGAUUGUACAUGAUUCUAUGAAUUGUUAGGGUUGGGUAUAAACUGAUUAACAAAUUAUGAGACUUAAAGUUGACUUAGUUCACAACACCAAAACCACCUUGAUAAGGUCAUUAUGUAUUUCUCAGUAACAGACUCGAUUAUUUACAGACAGCUUCCAUAUAGCUGGAAUAUUGCUGACUGUGGCGUAAAACAACACACCAAUCCCAGUAACACAUUUAAGAAAACAUAGUGAUGGCUGUGUUUGUUCGAGGAAGCUUACUGUAUUCCAUCAUCAGUACAUUGUUAGAAACAGUCACAUCUACUAAGGGGCGGUGGGGUAGCGUAGUGGUUAAAGCGUUCGUUCAUCACGCCGAAGACCCGAGUUCGAUUCCCCACAUGGGUACAAUAUGUGAAGCCCAUUUCUGGUGUCCCCCCGCCGUGAUAUAGCUGGAAUAUUGCUAAAUGCGGCGUGAAGCUAAACUCACUCACUCACAUCUACUAAACAGUCUUCCUCUGUUAUUGGUUGUUGUUUUGUGUAUAUUCACAUAUUACACAGUCUAUAUUUUGAGCCUCAACAGUCAUGUUAUUUUUAAUAAAGCAGGUGUUUUGCUUGUUGGUUCAAAGAUUUGGUAGUUGAAACUUGCUAAGACAAGAGAAAACUAAAAACUUAAAUGCAUUGUCCAUUAUGAUCCUUGAAUUGUUUGUAUUGCCAGAGCUAUCUUAUCAUCAGCAGCAUGAAACACAGUUGCCAUUAUGAUGUAAUGUUUUCAGAAAUCUGUGUUUUUAAUGUCUGCAGAUCCGUAGACCAGUCGGGGCUGUGGGGUAGCCUGGUGGUUAAAGCGUCCGCUUGUCACGCCAAAGACCCAGGUUCUGUUCCCCACAUGAGUGCAAUGUGUGAAGCCCAUUUCUGGUAUCUGCAGAAAACUAAACUCACUUACUCACCCACCCACCCAUAAACCAAUAAAAAAGGAACCCCUAACUUUAAUCACUGUAGUUGAUGCAUAGCAUCGUCUGUCAGGAGCCUAGCAAGCCAAUUUUUUUGCGUAAGCCUGAUAGGUUGCAAAGCUUUAGAUAGCAUUGAGGGCUUCCCAACUUUUUAGCAACAAUCAUGUGUAUUCCCGGGCUUUUUUUUAUAAUGGUGUAAAGCCAAUGCUGCUGUAUAGCUAUAUUGAGACUUCUACAUUCUACAUUUACCUAACAGAUGUCAUAAUGAGGCAAAAUACUGGAGCUUCAGGCAUUUGAAUGCCGUCAGAAAGCUACAGCUAAGCUUCUAGUCAAAAGUUAAUGUUUAGUGAAUUGAAAUACAAAUAAACAUUUAUAUUAGCUGUACAAGCUGUAAACAAUCAGACCACAUUAAGUGUGGGGAAGUGUUUAUGUAAAUCCAGGGCUUGUACCAGUGCCAGAGCAGUGUGUAUCAUAGAGGGAUUACACUGUACUGCGUGUAUGUGUGACAAACACUGAUUGUUCAUGUAUCAUUUAUGCUAUACUUCAUUACAGAUUCAGAAUGAAAGAGAGUCUUUAUUUAUCCUGAAUGAUGAAAUCUCCACUGUCCUCAUGGUUUUAUUUAUUAAUAAACUUGAGAAAUCUUGUACACCUUU